AUGAUAUCGAAGAGUCAAAAAACCAUACAUUCUGUUGUACGUGACUUGGAUAUGGAUUCAAAAUUUGUCACUUUGGUCGAUGAAGAUUUACAGACUAUACGGGAAAUUACUUCGGACAGUGGAGAAUCACCAGAUCCCCUAAAGAUUCUCCUAUUUGGUACCGAUGGAAGAAGCAAGCAUUUCCAAGAACACAUACCAUCGUAUAAUAUGAUGUUCUCAUUCACAUCUAUUGGAGGAAAGAUACAGACUACGAUAAACAGAGGAUCCGGUCCGUACACGUUCCUACUCCAUGGACAAAACUACCAUUUAAUGGGUAGUUUGUUGCCAGAUGAAGGAUCGCGUCCCAAGUUUGCUCAGCUUUAUAUAUUUGACACGGAGAAUGAAGUCAAUAAUCGAAUGGAUACAGUCAGAUCCGGAGACAGUUCCAGCGAAUUGGAUCCUGAGAUUGUUUCUACAUUCAAGGAUAUGGUCGACAACUCAAAUAUGCUUGCUCAGUCUUACAGAGCUGCCCGGGACAGGCUCUCGCAGACUGGAAUGGAAGAUGAGGGUGUUAGAGACAUAGUUGUCGAGACACGGUCGAAAAAACUCCAGCGAAUCAGUGAGUUGCACCCUUUAUAUCUUCCACUGCAGUAUCCGCUAAUAUUUCCUUAG